AUGUCGGCUCGCACAGGUCCUUCGCUACCCAAGUCCUUGCUCGAGGAGUUGGCGGGCGGAGACACGAACGUACACGGGCAUAGACGAAAGGCCGGACACCAACUCUCUCGUAAGGAUGCACGGAAGCAGGACCGUCAUGAUCGUAAACAGCGUAAAGCAAACUUCUUCGCUCACCCAGUUACGCACCAUACUGCAUCUGCGAAGCGCGGCGCAGAAGCGGAGCACCCAGACAGUCCACAGCGGAAGAGAGCGAAGAUAGUCAAUUCUCAGCCUGCACAAUCCGUAUCUACCCAACACUCAGCUCAAAAUCAUGCUAAGGUAAAAUACUCUAACAAUGAGCCUGCGGAAGUAAAAUCGACGCUGCGGAAACCGAAGACUGCGCUAGAGAAGCUCGCGACGCGUCCCGCCAAGAAGUCUACCCUUGGCGUCCCACCCGGUUCUCAACGGGAGGAAGAAGAGGACGCGUAUAUUGCCUAUCUGGAGUCGAAGCUCGGAUGGUCCAAGGGCGGAAAGCGUACGACAAAGUACGGCAAGGGUGGGGACGAUGGGCUAGACGAUUUGCUGAGAGAUCUCGACACUUUUGACAACCCAACCUCAGCUCUAGUCGGUCAGUCUGGAGAUAUGAUAUCUGAUGAAGAAGACGACAGUGAAGAAGACGAGGAUGAAAACGAAGAGGGUCCAGACAGUGGAGACGAAGACGAGGAGGAUGGAGACAUGAGAGAACGAGGUGAAGCCUCAGGGCCUGAGGAGGGGCCUGGGGAGGGCAUCUUACGUCUAGACGAAGAAGAUGCUGAAUGGCAAGGAUUUGGAGACUCCAAAACGUCCACAAUACACACACAGUCUCCUUCCGAUGCUCCAGCUAUCUCUGCUCCCAAUUCAUCUGAGACACGUUAUAUCCCUCCACAUCUACGGGUCCGAACGCAGGAAACCCCGCAAGAUUCAGAAACUCAGCUGAAGCUGAUUCGGCAACUGAAAGGUCUAUUGAAUAGGAUGACUGAACAGAAUAUCGCGUCAAUCGUCGAUGGCGUCGAGGAAAUAUACCGGGACCAUCGGAGGCACGACGUCACGUCUACUCUGACAACGCUUAUCAUUGAUGGAAUAUCCGCACACUCAAUUUUACUCGACUCCUACGUGGUCCUACACGCCGCCUUCGUGUCUAGCCUGCACAAGCUCGUCGGUGUCGAGUUCGCGGCGUAUUUCAUCCAGAAUGUGAUCACAACGUACGAGCGCCAAUUCACCAACCUACAAGAUCCCUCUCGCACAAUUCCUGCCUCAAACGACGGACCAUCCGCUGCAGGCGCAGACGGAGAGCCGCUGGGGAAAGAGUGUUCCAACCUCAUCGUCCUCGUCUCUGAGCUGUAUAACUUCCAGGUCAUCUCCUGCGUGCUGGUGUACGACAUCAUCCGCGGGCUACUCGACGGUGAACUGACAGAGUUCAAGGUGGAGCUCCUACUGAAAGUCACACGCAAUUCUGGGCAGCAGCUCAGGCAGGACGACCCCUCGGCGCUGAAGAGCAUCAUCCAGAUUGUACACAACAAGCUCCCCGCGCAGGCGAAUGCCAUGAGUUCGCGCACGCGCUUCAUGGUCGAGACCCUGAGCAACCUCAAGAACAACAAGGUCAAGCGAGACGCGGGCCAGUCUGCUGGGGGUGAAGCUGUCGAGCGGAUGAAGAAAUUCCUUGCCGGGCUGAGCAAGAAGCGGCACGUACUUGCUCACGAGCCUCUGCGCGUGUCGCUUGAGGAUCUGCGCUCUGCCGAGAGCAAGGGCAAGUGGUGGCUCGUUGGCGCUGCGUGGGGUGGGGACCCGCUAGUCGAGCACAAGGAGAGCCAGGCGGAGAAGGACACGGGCACGGCGGAAGCAGAUGCGCCCAGCGAGAACGCGCUGCUAAAGCUGGCGCGGAAGCAAGGUAUGAACACGGACAUCAGGCGGGGCAUUUUCGUAGUUCUCAUGAGCAGCGAGGAUUAUGUGGAUGCGUGUGAGCGGUUAUCGCAGCUGAAGCUCACCGAGGUUCAACAACGGGAGAUCAUCCGCGUUUUGCUGCACUGUUGUGGAAACGAGAAAUCAUACAACCCGUACUACACCCUGAUCGGGCAGCAGCUCUGCCGGACAUCUCAUUCACACAGGAUAACGCUGCAGUUCUGCCUAUGGGACUUCCUGCGAGAUCUCGGAGAGACGAACGUCGGCGGGGCGGAAAUCAUCAAGAACCUCGGCGACGAAUCGUCGGGCUUCGACGUGAAAAGCGUCUCGACCACACGGAAGACCAACAUCGCAAAGGCGUACGCGUGGUGGAUUGCAAAGGACUGCUGCACGCUCGCAAUUCUCAAACCCGUCGACUUUACAUCGCUCAAACCUCAGACACACACCUUCCUCAAAGAGCUGUUGACACAGCUCUUUGUCAGCUCCCAGGUCUCUACGCCGCUGCCCAGUUCUGAUGCGCGGGACUUCCUCACAAGUCGGAACCGCGGCGCCCUCGAGGAGGUCUUCAUCAAGGUGACGCGAACGCAGGCGCUCGUCGUCGGGUUGGUGUAUUUCAUGGGCGAGGCGUUCAGGGAUACCGGGAAGGAGGAAAACGGUUUCAUUAGGUGGGCUAGUCAGGUUGCGAGAGAUACACUGCGAACGGGGUUGGAUGCGGUCACUAGCCUAUGA